AAUGGCCUGGAGAAUCCUUGAAAGAGCACUAUGACCAAAGUUUGAACGAUGAGCAUAUUGAAUGUAAGGAGAAACAAUCAAUAAAUAAGUGGCUGCAAGAUUGGCAAAUAACACCGGCGGAAGCAUAUCGUCGUGAAACUGACCUGCUCGUGCCGGAAACCACAGCAAUGUGCCUGGAGCCAGAGGAGCAUAUUUCUUCCAUCCGGCAUAAAGAGUGUGGCCUUGCUCAUGACAGAGACAUGGACCCACGCAAAAUGAAGGCCAUGGAAACCAAUCGUGAAGCUUCAAAAGUUGCAACGUAUGAAUUCCUUGACUUAGAAGGUAAUGCAGAAAAAAUGGAUGAGGGCCUGCUUGUGCCACCUCAGACUUCAACCCGAGUCAAUGUAGUAACUGAGACAAGUCCUAAAUCUGAAGGUAGACCAGAUGCACCAAAAAUAGUUGAGCCAGCCUGGAUCAAAAGGUCCGCUGCGUCCUUAAGGGAACAGCACGAGAAGAGCUUGGAAGCUGAUCGCAUCGAGUGUGAGGAGGAAUUGCCACCACAAGUCACGAAGGUGAAGCAAGGUCUGGAGAUGACACAGGGGGAAACAUGUCCAACAGAACCUGACCUGCUCAUGCCGAAAGGAACACCAUACGUGGAUCCAGAAGAGUAUGUUUGCAGCCAGCAAGACUUGAGAGAGAUCAUUAGGGAAGAGCUUGAAGCCACGGCCCCGUGUUUCAGCAAGACUACCGCAGUUUUAACAGAUGACAUACCUCGAGUCAGAACAGAGCAAAUAGAAGACAAGGGACUGUCCUUGUGGCCACAAAUGCCACCUCUAUCAAAAGUGCAAACGGAGGCACGGUCUAAAACUAAAGGAAGAGGAGUGGCUGCGAAAACGGUCGAGCCUGCUGUCGGCAAGUUUUCUGGAGAGUGCUUGAGUGGACAGAAUGAAAAGAGACUGGAAGUUGAAGAGAAAGAGUGUCAGAGAAAAUACCCGGCCCCACAAAUCAGGACGUGGCAGCAAGGCAGGACAGACGAGGAGCCGUCUCAACCUGCAACUGGACAGUCGAAGCCAGAAGGAAAACCCGACGUGGAAGGCGGAGGACUGGUUCUAAGUGUGACUAAGAGGGAGCCGUAUCGAGCGAACCAAAAUCAACCCGUGACGAUGAUAACCCAAAGGUCCACUGGAGCGGGAACCCGAAUGGUGCAGGAUCCAACGCCUCCUCCUGCAGUGAAAGGGAAAAGGCAGGCAAGGGGACUGGAAACACAACCUGCACAAAUGAAAUUGCCACCCAAGAACAAAGGAGGAGAUGAAAAGCUUUUGUUUGAGAAAACAAGUGAGGAGCGAGAACUGCAGCUGUCAAUGGAGAACGUCUCCGAGCUGAAGAAGUGUGAUCAGUUUGUAAGUGAAGAGCAGGCCCUGGCUCAGCGCAUCAUGCAAUGGCAGAAAGAUGUUCUGAUGGAACACCGGGAGGCCGAUAAGCCAGAUGCUGAAUGGACAAAUGCGUAUCCCCCUAUUGCGGUAGAGAGGAACACUGAGGUAGAAAGAAGAGUGACUGGAACGAUUGCUCCGGAACCUCCUCUGCCAAAUGAGAUGAUCUCCUGUGAAAGAACAAAGUUCUUUAGGAGUCGUUUGAACCCAAAUGAGCAGGGUGAGAGCGGGCCGUGGUUACAUGCUGGCAUGCUGCCCGAUAAGGGCCGUGAGGUCAGACUGCGGAGGGAUGCUGACUUCUUCGUCAGUGAGGAAGGGGCUCAGGAUCAGCAUCUCCCUCGAUGGCCAACAGAUGUUGUCCAACUAGAGGAAGGAGCUGACCUGGAGUCUGACUGGGCUUUUGCUUUACCAGCUGAAUACUUCCCUAAUGACCCCCUCCUUCCACAAGCGGAGACUGCAAGGAGACCCUCGUCGAUUUUGGAAGAAACGUCCCAAGAGGAGCACGUGAGCGCGGAUAGAGACCAAGCGCAAGGGACCCAUUCACUUCCUUACCGUGCCAGUUAUAAGGCAUCCCCACCUCAAUGUUCACAGGUGGAAUCCAUGGCUGUGAAAAAAGAAGAUGCAGGUGAUGCUUCGCCCUUUCAGCGAUAUUUACCCUCACAACCUAGCACUGUCUCUCCAGCCAGCUAUGGACUCAGCCCGCUAUUGCAGAGUCCUCAUGAGGAGUCUGUCGUCAGUAGACAUUCCCAAUCACACUGUCCUCGGAGAAGUGAGUCGGAACAGAGGCUGACUAACGAGGAGGAUAGUUCAUCAGCAUCCAGCAGCAAGCCUAUCGGGGAGGCACUAAAGGAGGAGAUUAGCUUGGGCACGUCUGCAGACGACAGCAAGAAGAAACCACACGCAGAUCUGCUGGUGGCGGAAAGAGAGGUCAGCAAGGAGCUCUCAAAAGUCAAAGACCCAUCAACCCAUCAGGACAUGUCUGAACAUGGAAGUGUAGCAAAAAUGGAGAAGAGAAGCCAAGACCAGGACAUUCCUGCGGGUGCUAAGCCAACGCGAUCAUCCACGUCGCCUCGGGAAUCAAGUGCUGACAGUUUCUGUCCAAUAUUUCUAGAAGAAAUGUCCUCACUUAAAGUUAGAGUUGGAGAGAUGUCAGAGCUGAGCUGCCAGUUUCGAGGCGACCCUCCCCCUCAAGUCACAUGGCUCAAGGACGGACACGCAUUGGUCCACAACCCCGACUACGACAUCACGGUCAAGUCCGACAAGUCGACGCUGACAAUUUUCUAUCCGACCGCAGACCACGAAGGGACGUACGACUGUGUCAUAAGUAAUAAGCACGGAAAGUCCAUCAGCAGCGCCAGUUUGACGCUCUCCGAAAAAAAGAUUGUCUCACGGGAAAAGUUCGAGAGGGGAGAGAAACCUCAUGACAGCCAGGGACAAGCUUGCAUUGAAACAUUAAAAAUUCCUCAAGCAGUCAGCCAGCAAUACCUCAAUGAUGCAAAUGUGUCUCAAUCACCUACAGUGGAAAUCAGAGUUGACGCUCCCGCUCCAGACCCUGCGACCACGGAGGUGUGCAAUGAAGAGCAGCAACCCCAGGACUGCUCUGUGUUGACUUCAACUGAGCCAAUCAGUCAGCAAAAAAGUACUUUUGCCUUUGGUGCCACUGCCGAAGGUCCUAGUGUGGUCAAAGCGUUGGAGAGCCUCAGCUGCACAGAGGGUCAGACGGCCAUGUUGGAAUGUGUUCUCUUGGCGGAACCUUCCCUUGAGGUCACAUGGUUUUGCAGCGACGUUCCUCUUGAAACGACGACGGAUAAAUACAGGGCAGAAGUUGACGGUCAAGUACACAAGCUCUAUGUUAGAUCUUUCACAGGGACCGACGCCGGCACAUACAAAUGUGUCGCAAAAAAUAAGAUGGGAGAGGUCUCGUGCACCUGUGAUGUUUUCUGUCAAGACGUCGUUGCAGACGUUGUUGACGACGUGGAAGACGUUGGCACGCAGACAAAGUCAAAAGAACCUCCACCUCAGGUGCCAUCAAAAUCCAGGGCGGAUGGACACGGGGUGCCUCCAAUUAUAUCUGGAUGUGGGCUGCAGCAGUCAUCCGCUGUGAUCAACGUGUCUCAGAUUAAACGAGCCUUUGAGUCAGACUCAUCUCCUACUUCAUUUCAGAAGCAACGAGAGGAACCACCUUACCUUGUGGAGUGCGUACCUGCACAGACCAGUCCUCGUGUUGAGUUACAGCGGCACCCGGUCCAACCUGAAUGUGGCAGUGUCCGCACUGAUCCCUACGUGGUCGCCAACUUGCCACGUCUCACCCAAGGUCUUCCUGCAGCGAGGAGCCCAGAGCUCGCCACCUCAACAGAAAAAGUCUCUGAAAUCAUCGCGGUGGACACAAACAUUGAGGAGUUAGCCGUCAGACAAUGUGGCGAGGGAGUGCGGGAGGCGUCUGAGCUCAACCGGGCAGCACCCCAAGAAUCAGCGGGCGUCCCUGAACCCCUGAUGGCAGGGCAAGUAGAGGUGGCGGGAGAGGAGAAAAUGUUGCACAUGUUUGACAAAACGAGUAGCUUCAUCCCAUUCGUAUCAGAUAAGGUUCCCACUGUAAGACAUUCAGUCCAGACUGUCGGUCCAACCGGCCAAGCAGAGAAACCUCCGAGUUUAUCUGAACCGCUAAAGUCUGAAAAGCUCGGGGAAGCUGUGAAGUCUGAAGGUGCUCCAGAGGUGCAGGGAUAUGUUGUCGAGGAGAAGUCCGCUGAUGUUGUUAGAGAAUGCAAACAAGAACUUAAGAAAGGUAGUGAUGUGGAGAGCAUUUCUAUCCCUGAGCCGUCGGUGGAUAGCGGUGUUUUUAUCAGUGGGCCACCUUCUCAGCUCAGUGUGCAGUCUGCAGUUGACUUAACUGCCGGUGAUGUAGUCGGAACUGAGAGAGGUAAUGAUGAAAAUCUGGAAUCAUUAGUUGUCCGACCAAAUGUCGAGGGUCCUGAACAUGUCUCUUCCGAGAGCCCUGACUCUCGAAUAUCCGGAGGUGGACAAGCAACGGGAGCUGCAGUGGGUGUAAUGGAGGAAGAGGAGGUGACUUUUGGUGCAGUGUAUGAAUAUUACAAUCCUCCGACAGACUGGGCACGGCCACUCUCCCCCGAGUCUGAGAUGUCGAUAGAGAUUGGCAGCACAGUCGGUGAGGAGGUCGCUGAGGGCUUCUACACACCGAGUUCAUCUACAGAGAUCUCUCAUUCGACUUUCCAUACCCCCAAGUCUCCGAGUUCCUUCCAUGCUUUGAAUUCUCCCAGUUCUUUCCAUACCUCUUAUUCUCCCAGUUCCUUCUAUACCCCUAGUUCUGGUACACCUCAAGAGUUUCCAUCUUCCCCCACACAAAAGAGCCCUUUGUCAGACUCUAGUGACAGGUUUUUCUCACCUGUCCAGUUCCUCGCGUCUCCUGUCGAUGAGGGCAUUGAAAGUGUACCCGCUGAGGUAAAUGUAGAUGAGCAGUGGUUGCGUUCCAAGAGCAGCGCCUCCGAUCAGGAGAGGGUGCACGGAGUCCCGCCUGCCUUCCUCAAACCUCUGACGAAGAAAAAAGUAUUUGAAAACGACUCUCUGAUCUUUCUCGCUGAGGUCUUUGGCCUCCCAUUACCAGAGGUGAAUUGGUUCCGAAACAAAACCCGGCUGACGGCUGACAAGCGGAUCGUUAUGGAACGAGAUGGAGACAGUGUCUCUCUCACGAUUCACUGUGUCACUAAAACUGACCAGGGAGAAUACAUCUGCCAGGCGGUCAAUGGUGUCGGUGAGGCCCGAAGCGUCGCUUUAGUGCUUGUGGUGUCGCAGGAAGGAAGGCUCUCGCGUGCCCCGCCCGCUGUUACCCACCAGCACGUGAUGGAGUUUGAUGUGGAAAACGAUGACUCGUCUCGUUCACCUUCUCCCCAGGAGAUCCUGUUAGAAGUCGAACUGGAUGAGAACCAGGUCAAGGAAUUUGAGAAACAGGUGAAGAUCAUCACCAUUCCCGAGUACACAGCCGACAGCAAGAGCAUGGUUAUAUCCCUGGAUGUUAUUCCGAGCAUUUACGAGGAGGGCACUGUGGACUUUGUUACCCAGGAAAACGAGAAUCUGAAAAUAGCCUUUGAGGUGACCGAGAUGCCGCCGAGGUUUAUCGAUCCCAUCUGCGAUGUCGAAACCUCACAGAGUUCCACUGCCGUGUUUGAGUGCUCGCUGAUGGGAAUCCCGUCCCCCGUCGUGUCCUGGUUCAAAGGGGACAUUAAAAUUCCUCAAAACAACAGACGGUACCUGCACUCAUCUGACGGAGAGCGUCAUUUCCUGAAGAUCUGUAAAGUGACAGCGCAGGACAGCGGCGUGUACACCUGCGGUGCCGUUAAUGUCGUCGGCGAAACGCUGUGCAGAGCCUCGCUGGUGGUGCUCGGUGCAAAGGAAUUCUCCGGACAGACCAGAGGCAGGGAGCUGACGUCCGUGUCUCUCGGCGGCGCCAAAGUCCAGCCGCAGAAAUUUGACAUGCUGGUGGGAAACACGGCGGCGGACGAGCAACAAUCAUCAGAGAUUGAGCUCGAGUUUGAGUUUCAGCAGGAGGCCGAUGAAUCUCAGCGCGCCGUCCGCCUGGUGGCCACUACGGACGGGGGGUUGAGCGAAGACCGGCACAUGAGCAUCAACUUUGAUGUGUUUGCCGAGUCGGCCAAAGAGGACAAGGUGGAGUUCAAGGGAAAGUCGUCCGACAUGUGUAGCUUUGAGUUUCAAGUGACGGAGAUGGCCCCGAGGUGCGUCAUUCCCUUGACGGACGUGACCGCCGCUGUCGGUGCGCCGGUCAUCCUGCAAUGUCUGGUCAGCGGCAAGCCAACGCCCACGGCUGAGUGGUACAAAGAUGGCGAGCGCGUCGCUCACGGCAGGUACAUCGUUCAGGAAAAAAACCCAGGCCACUUUAACCUUCUCAUCACCAACGCCAGCCAGGGCGACGCGGGCGAGUACCGAUGCCUGAUCCAGAACGCAGCCGGAUGGAUCGAAACCUCGGCAUUGCUGAAGGUCUUUUAGAGAAAUGUGUCCGUGCUUGGUUAUAGUGGCUGAAUGGAGGCAUCUGGACCCUUGGUUGUUGAGGUUUUAUUGUGGAACCAAAAGCGGUUCUUCCUCAGUUUGGAAAGGGCCUUUGUAGUUUGACAUAGAUGGCUUCUCUCAAACCAGUGGUCCUAGCAAGUCCCACAAGUCAGGAGUUCCUCAAGUCUCUGACUUAAGAAACACCACUUUUUUAGUUUUCACUUUGGGCUGGUGAUGUAAGUUAGUUCAGCACACUCACGCAAACGCAUGCCUCGCGUAGCCGUUUGGAGGCGUCCAUAAAAGCUGUUUGGGUGUUGGUGACAAUCUGCAUUGAAAAUAUGAAAGUGGAUCGGAAGUAGUUUGUGGGUGGAGAGUUCGUGGUCAGUCAAGGAAAUUAUAAAGUCAUGUGCGCAAACGCGGCAAGUUCGUCCCAUUUUAUGAGCAUGGUUAUAAAACAGAUGAAGAAAAAAGUUGAUACCCCCCCAUCGUUUGACUCGUAGAUGUAUGUAUUCGAUGCUUGUGUUAUUUGAGUCACGUUUGUUGUUUUUUGCCGCUUCGCAACAAGCGUUUGAUUGUGAACCUUUGAAAGUGUAGCAGCAUGCUUAUGGACGUGUAAAUGUGCCCUCUUCUUUUAGGUUUGGAGAGCGCAUCAGAGAUAUUUCAUUUUUACAAACAUGUCCUUUGUCUCAGAGUUUAUACAAUAAACUUCAAAAGUUGAACUCCAA